UCAGAACAUGUCUAACUGGACAAGUCUGUGGUAUGUCUGGUUAAUCUUGCUGUCUGUGUUCCUGCUCCUGCUCUGUGGGAUCACAGCAAGCUGCAUCAAAUGCUGCUGCCGGAAGAAGAGGCUUCGAGUUGAGACCUUCCCUAGGCACCCUUAUGAUUUGACAGUUCCUGCUAUUGACAGUGACAGCACUGCCCAUAGCACAGUGACCUCAUAUAGCUCAUUGCAGUACCCUCUAAGUGCCCCUAUUCCUUCGAUAUUUAUGGAUAUGGAUAAGAACACUCUGUCCCCUCCAGCUUACAGUCUCUAUGCAAUGGACUUGCCACCUUCUUAUGAUGAAGCUGUCCAAACGGGUAAACAAUACAUUGAAGUAGCACAGAUAAGCCAGAAACUCAAUGACAUCCCUGGACAGAUGACACCAGGUGGGCUGAGUCCCAUCCAGUAUUCACCUGAUACAAUCAACGGAGAUCCAGCAACACAGACAAAUUCAGAAAAUUCAGAAGAUGCAACACAGGAACAGCCACGGCUCUGA